AUGCCUAUUAAUCUGUGUGAUGGAAUUAAUUUGAUGGAUCGUGGUAUUCUCUUCGAUCGAGAUUCUCAAAAUUAUAGGUUAGAAGGAAGUUUUACCGAUAAGCAUUGUCCUGAUAAUAGUUGUGAUAAUGAUGACAAAAAAAUUAGUUCUGCCUUUAUAGCAUUCCUAGUUUACUUUAAUAAUAUUGGUAUUGAUGAGAAUUUAGAUAGUGAUAAAAUUGCUGAAUACGCUAUUUUAUGGUUAGGUCACAAACUGAAUCAAAAAACAGAAAAUGGAACCACCACAUUAAACAAGUUUUAUAUUAAUCAUAUAGAAAAAAAUAGUCAUUAUAAUCAGAAAAUAAAUACUAAUAGUAGUAAUAAGAUUAAAAAGAAUGAUAUAGAAAACAAAAUAAAAUCGAUGAAUAUUGAUAUUAAAGAUAUGUCUAAUUUUUAUGAAGUAUUUAAAUUAUUAUGUAAGAUGGGUGGUGAAGUUGAUAAAAAAGAAACCCAAUGCAAUACAUGUUUAAUAAAUGCUAGAGAAUUUUAUGAAAAAUAUGAAAAUCUUAAAAAUUCUUUAGAUAUUAAUAAAGGAAGUUAUUAUUUUCAACUAUGGUUAAGUUUAUCAAAAGAUUAUGACAAAUUUAAAGAGAAAUAUAAUACACGUGGAUGUAGUAAUAUCAAAUUCCUUGAAACUUGUUCACAAAGUUUAGUGACAAAAAGUCCAGUGACAAAUUGUCCAGUGACAACUAGUCCAGUGACAAAUAGUCCAGCGACAAAUUGUCCAGCGACAGAAUGUCCAGUGACAAAAAAUACACUAAUUACAAUUGCAAUUAUAUUUGUUGCAGCAUCAAUUUUAUUGGGAGUUUCUUAUAAGUAUUCGUUAUUUGGAUUUCGGAAACGAUCUCAAAAACAACAUUUAAGAGAAAAACUAAAAAAAUAA